AUGGAUAUCACAUUUAACUAACUUGAUGUUUUGCAGAAAAUAAUGGUUGAACGAGGUGAAGAUAUUAGAUUACUCAAUGCCAUUAACUAGUAGGUGCUUGCAAAUCAAAUGUUUUUCGAUUUGGAAUUUACGAAAGUUUAAUAAUCUUUGAGAUAACUUGGAUUCAAAAUAAUAGGAUUGAAGAAGAACGAUAAAUAAAGAAUUGAGGAGGAGAACAAGAUUAUUGAGGCAUUGUCGAAAAUCCUAAUGGUGAAUUUACCCGAAAGGAUGUAAAUAUAUAGAUUUAGUUAAACAAUAAUAAAACAAUUCAGACCUGAAAUGCACAUCAUAAGAUUCAAUUAGAAGGAUACAAAAGAUUUAUUUUCAAUGUUUAAGUAAUUCUUUAUGGCUGAAAAUAAUUUCGAUGGCAUACAUUUUGUACAAUCGAACUAAGAAUCUGAUUUUAAGAUGUCCACCGCGAUCGUAUUGAUCAAGUUUCUAGUGAGUAGAUCAAGGGAAGAAUUCCAACUGUUAAUUCAAUCAGCUUCGACCUCUGUCAUUGGGAAAAUGAAGCAGUAACUAGAAAAGAAGACAGAUGAUACAACCAAUGACAGUAAGGUGGAGAAGACUGAACCAGAAGAAAGGAAACCGAAGCUGCUUUUAAGAAAGAAAGUGAUCAUUGUUAGAGAAAACACAAAUUAUAAAUCGCAGUUACUGUAUUCGCAGCCUUAAGAAUCCAAUCUAAAUCCUGAGAAAGAGUUGAAAUAUCAAUUAAGAUUGUAAUAGAGGAAGUUGAGAAAGGAUCUAAAAAACAUCUAUCAGCCAAUGAUCGAUUUGGACAAUGAUCAUAUGUGGUGUUCUCAUGCGGUUCUAAAGAAGAAGUUUUUGAAAUACCCUGAAAAAUAUUUUUUAAAAAGAGGAGCCUUUUACAUUUGGAAAUUAUUAAACAAUAAUAAUUCCGACAUAAGAAUAACGAUUAUGAAUUUUGCAUAUAGAAGAGCCAAAUUGGUAAUAGUUGACAAAAUCCUUUAAGAAUAAAUAUAGGAACUCCACAAACAUUACAAUACUACUGGCUAAAUUCCAAGAUAAUCAUUGCCUUUGUUGGUUUCCUGUCAACAAACCCCCAAAAUUAUGAAACCUCAAAUUCGACUCCAAUAACAAUUACAGGUUCCUAAUAUGAGUCAAUUGCCUAUUUUGAGAAGUUAACACUAGUAGAUAAAAUCAAUGGAAUUUUAUGAAGUAACAACUAAAGAUCAAAGAGCACAUAAAUCAAAUAAAUCAUUAAAUCUUACUUAAGAGUAGGCAAAAAUAUAGCAAAAGAUAAAAUUAUAAAGUUCAAAAGACUUAAUUUGA